ACCCACUCCCAUAUCUAUGAUAUUCACAUCAGUGAUGGAAAUGGACAAGGACAAGGGCUUGGUCAUGGUCAAGGUCAUGUGGUCCACUGGUCCAGGUUGCGAUCGCUGGUGGUGCUGAUCAUAGCCACCAUACUGAUGGCUGCCUGUGCUGACCUGACCACAGAGAACAUUAGGCCCAUCAUCUCCAACUCCAGCGUCUCACAGUAUUUCAUUGGAGUUACUGUGCUGGCAAUGGUUCCAGAACUCCCAGAGAUUGUCAAUGGAAUCCAAUUUGCCCUUCAAAAUAACAUCAGCCUCAGUUUGGAGGUAGGAAGCUGUAUUGCGGUGCAAGUCUGUAUGAUCCAGAUACCUUUGCUAAUCCUAUUCAACGCUUUUUAUGACGUUGGCUUUGUUCUUAUAUUCAGCGACUUGCACCUGUGGGCCAGCAUAUUUAGUGUUAUAUUGGUGAACUACAUCUUCAUGGACGGAAAGUCUGACUACUUCCAGGGCUCAGCCCUGGUGAUGGUCUAUCUCAUCUUACUGGCUUCAUACUUCUUCGCCCCCUCUCCGGUUGGCUGCUGAAUGCAAUCAUACUCGUUGAUGGGAUCGGUCCUGUCACCCUGACAAACCUAGGUAAGUUAACUCUGAGUAAAUGGUAGACCUCCUAAUAGAAGAGCCCUAUGGCUCUUUUUUUAUUUUAGGGGAAUGAAACCAUAGGGCUCCUCUGUUAGAAGGUUUACCACUUACUGAGUUAACUUACCCAGGUUAGUUAGUAAACAAUGUACUUGGAAUACCCCCCCCCCCUGUUCAUCCAGGCUCUCUUUGUUUGUUUGUUUUGUUUGUAUUUUUAAACUGUGUUGUGUAACAAAGUAGUGACUGUGUUGGGGAAGAAAUAAUGCAAAAAAAAAAUGUAUUUUCUGAUUUUGUUUGGUUAAGCACUAAAUCAUGCCACCCAAGGUGUGUCUUAUUUUAUGUUAGCUUAUAAACAUGGCCAACAGACUAAAAUGCUGUGGCGAGGAAGACAUUCUGAUGCACAGCCAAUAUAAACUGGCAUAGUGCACUAGAUGCUUGGAGGUCUCUGGAACUUAUAGAAAUAUAUUUAUUGUAUUUUGGAAAAAAAGUGGAGAAUAGUGCUUGCAGCACACCUUUUCUGUCAUAGUUUUAUUGAAAACCCUUUCAGAUGUCUUAGAUUGUUUGUAUUGUGAUUUCUGUGUAUGUUUUCUGAAAAUGAUUAAAAUGCCUGUUUUGGCAAACCCUACAUAAAAUGUCAGUCUGGCAUUAAUGUCAUUCUCCAUUUCUCCAUUACUGUGUCCACAGUAAAUUUGUUCUCAUGAUGUAUAUACAUAUUUAUGUAUUACUUUUAACAACACUGAUAUUUUGCCCUGCCCCCUCCCCUAAUGUUUCAUCACUCAUUUCGUGACAUAAUUCUAAACCAUCCCUCGGACAGCAUCACCCUUAGGUUCUUAAGCCUCACUGGUCAGAGACCUGUGGUGUUACUGCAAAGCUGAGUGUUGGGUGCAUCUGCAAGUCUAUAUCAGUGAUCACAAAAGACAUUAUACCUGAAGCACAAGGCUUAAAGUUAAGUACAAAUCUUAUUUUUUAAAGUUUUAAAAUAUUAUUAGAAAGUUGAGAACUCAACAGCAUUAUUUAUGUUAUUAGAACAUCCCUGAAGUAAUAUGAAAAGACACUGGAUUGAUGCAUUUAGGAAGGCCAUCUGUCACCUGGAUGUAUUGAAGGACUUUAUUGAUUCUUCCGACACUGAAAACAAAACAGGUACA